CUUUCCUCGGAGGUCUUCUGUUGCUCAGACCAGAGAGAGAAGAAUGGGAUUCAUCUCGGGGCUCGUCAACGUCGUGGUGGUGCUCUUCUCCUGUUUGGUGGCGGUGGCGGUGCCGCUGAUCGUCGCCCAGAUCUGCCUUCCCGGGUGGCUCUACCCGGCGCCGCUGGUGGAGCUGAAGCAGUGGUAUGGCGAGGUUUUCGGCGACUAUCUGGUGACCGAGAAGCCUCACUUCUUCACCGGCCUCGUGUGGGUCGACAUCGCCUUCGUCUGGCCCCUUUCCUUAGCCAAUGUCUACGGCAUCCUCGCCCGUCGCCCCUGGGUCUCCACCACCUCCCUCAUGGCCGGCGUCUCCACUGCCACCUCUAUGGCUGCUAUAAUGGCGGAGCUUCUGGGUUCAGGCAAAGCAUCGGAGCAGCUGCUUCAAAUUUAUUUUCCUUUUGGGGUUUUUGCCCUUUUAGCAAUUUUGCGCGGACUCUUCUAUCGACCUCGACGUGCCACUUCUACAUCUCAUGCCUCAUCAUCCAGGAAGAAGAGGGCUUAGGCGACCCGCUGCUGCUGUUUGUUAGUGAGGUACUGCUGAGGAUUCUGUCAGAUGUCUUCAUGUCUGAUCAAUCCUUCACUUAACAUCACAAUAAUUUUUUCUCUUAGGAACAAUGGGGAACCUCUAGGUAGUUUGGGCUAUGAAAUUUUCGACUAUUUUGGUGAUAGCUUUUAUGAACGAACAUUUGGUGAUGGAGUUAUAAUCCUUUGUUGCUGGACAUGUAUCGGUUUAGCAUCUAAUUACUCUGCUCUA